GGGUUGGGUGUGAGUGGGGGUUACUGGGUUUAACUCUGAGCCUAAACGGCUAAAAGAAACGUAAAAUGCGGAGUCCAAACUCCAAAAAGGCAAAGACUAAGAGACUUGAGUCGAUCAGAUCUGGUAAACGUACAAAGCCAGGUAUCCAGUAUUUGAUUGCAAUCCUGAGACUCCAACCAGGAAUUAAGCAGAAAAUGGCUUCCAAGUUAGGUUUAGCUGGUGGAAUUCCGGAGCGUCGGGUUCGACCCAUUUGGGACGCCAUAGAUUCUCGACAGUUCAAAAAUGCUCUCAAACUCACCACCACUCUCCUUUCCAAACAUCCCCAUUCUCCGUACGCUCUUGCUCUCAAGGCUUUGAUUUUGGAAAGGAUGGGAAAACCCGACGAAGCUUUAUCUGUUUGUUUAAAUGCGAAAGAGCUUUUAUAUAAGAAUGAGUCCUUGUUAAUGGAUGAUCUUACUCUUAGUACUCUGCAAAUUGUUUUUCAACGACUCGACCACCUGGAGUUGGCUACUAGCUGUUACGAGCAUGCUUGCGGGAAAUUCCCAAACAAUUUAGAGCUGAUGAUGGGGCUUUUCAACUGUUAUGUUCGGGAAUAUUCGUUUGUAAAGCAGCAACAGACAGCCAUCAAAAUGUACAAGCUCGUUGGUGAAGAAAGGUUUUUGCUUUGGGCAGUUUGUAGCAUCCAGUUGCAGGUCCUUUGUGGCAAUGGUGGAGAGAAGUUGUUACUCUUAGCUGAGGGUUUACUCAAGAAGCAUGUUGCUUCCCAUGGUUUGCAUGAGCCUGAAGCUCUUAUAGUCUACUUUUCAAUAUUGGAGCAACAAGCUAAAUAUGGUGAUGCUUUGGAUAUUCUUGGAGGGAAACUAGGGUCCCUCCUGAUGAUUGAAGUUGAUAAGCUACGGAUACAGGGGAAGCUUCUUGCUCGGGCAGGUGACUAUGCCGCUGCUGCCAAUGUAUAUCAGAAAAUCUUAGAACUAUGUGGGGAUGAUUGGGAGGCUUUCCUACAUUAUCUAGGCUGUUUAUUUGAGGAUGAGAGCAGUUGGGCUAGUGAAACCAUCAAUACUCCAAUUAAUCCCCCGAAAUAUGUGGAAUGCAAGCUUACACACUUGACAGAUGAAGUGUUCAAUUCUUGUGUGGAAAAUGCUUCAGCAUUUGUACAAAAGUUACAAGCAGAAGCUAGUAAUGAUUCUUUAAGAAAUCCAUGCUUGGCACAUCUUGAAAUUGAGAGGAGGAAAUGCCUGUUUAGAAAGAACAAUGAUGAUAAUCUUGUAGAAGCUCUUUUGCAAUAUUAUUCAAGGUUUGGUCACCUUGCUUGCUUCACUUCUGAUGUUGAGGCCUUUCUUCAAGUGUUACCACCUGAAAAGAAGAUGGAGUUUCUGGAUAAGUUAAUGAAAAACUCUAAUUCCCUUUCAGUAGUGCCAACUAGAGCCCUGGGGCAGUCAAUAACACUCUUGAAAACACAAGAACUGAUUGGAAACAUGUUCAACCUUUCUGUGGCUGAACUUGAAGGCUCUGCUGUACAAAUGGCUGAGUUGUACUGUAAAAGCCUUCCACUGUCCAAGGAUUUGGAUCCACAAGAAAGCAUGCAUGGUGAAGAGCUGUUAUCUAUUGUCUGCAAUGUGUUGGUUCAGUUAUUUUGGCGCACGAGAGACCUUGGCUACUUCAUUGAGGCAAUUAUGGUUUUGGAGUUUGGGUUAACCAUCAGAAGAUACACAUUUCAGUACAAAAUCUUAUUGUUGCACUUGUAUUCAUACUUUGGUGCUCUUCCCUUGGCAUAUGAAAGGUAUAAAUCAUUGGAUGUGAAGAAUAUCUUGAUGGAAACUGUUUCACAUCACAUUUUGCCCCAGAUGUUGGCAUCACCUCUGUGGGCAGACUUAAGCAAUCUGCUGAAAGAUUAUCUCAAGUUUAUGGAUGAUCACUUCAGAGAAUCUGCAGAUCUUACAUUUCUUGCUUAUCGCCAUAGAAAUUACUCUAAAGUAAUAGAAUUUGUUCAGUUCAAAGAGCGGUUGCAACAUUCCAAUCAAUAUUUGGUGGCGAGGGUUGAAGCACCAAUUCUGCAACUAAAGCAGGGUGCUGACAACAUUGAAGAAGAAGAGAGCAUUCUUGAGAGCUUGAAAUGCGGGGCUGACUUCAUAGAGCUUUCUAAUGAGAUUGGGUCAAAAUCGCUGACCUUCAAUGAAGAUUUCCAGUCACGACCUUGGUGGACACCAACUACAGAGAAAAACUAUCUUUUAGGUCCAUUUGAAGGAAUUUCCUACCGUCCUAAAGAAAAUUUGACAAAGGAAAGGGAAGAAAAUGUACGGGGAUUCAUUGAGAGGAAGUCUCUUCUUCCUCGGAUGAUAUAUUUGUCCAUUCAAAGUGCAUCAGUCUUAUACAAGGACAACAGUGAAAUAAACGAUUCUCUAGCUGAUCCCAAAAUCUCAACAGAACUGAAGGUUUUGCUUGAACGCUAUGCAAAAAUGCUGGGAUUUUCCUUAAAUGAUGCCAUAGAUGUUGUUGUGGGAGUUUCCCGUGGGCUAAAGUCUUAUGAGGUUUUUGGUUCAGAUGUGAUUGACUGGUUGAAUUUUGCCGUAUUCUUUAAUGCAUGGAGCUUGAAUUCUCAUGAUUCUGGACGGCAAGGAGGUGAACGUACUCCUGGUAGUUGGCAUGUUGUGAAUUCUCUGCUGGAAAACUACAUUUUGGGGAAGUUGAGAUCCAUGGGUCCUCUGAUUCAGUCUCCACAGGGUGAUUUACCUAUAUUGGUCAAACUGGUUACAGAACCUUUGGCGUGGCAUGGCCUUGUAAUUCAGGCUUGUGUCCGGACGUGCCUGCCAUCGGGAAAGAAGAAGAAGAAGAGUGGAUCUACAGAUCAGUCGAUUUCAUUGUUAUCUAAUGCAGUUAGGGAUGCUAUACAGAGUUUAUGCAGCGUAUUAGAAGAGGUUGCAAAAUGGUCACAAGAUCAAAUUAAGAGCCCAGAGGACAAUAAGAUAGACCUUUUGGUGUCGUCUCUUAAGAGAAAUGGAGGAGCUGGAAAGGUUUUCAAUAUUUUGGAAACUUUGGCAUCUUCCCCAAAUGAGACAGAGCUUGGGGAUCGAAUAUCCCAGGCUUUAAGGUCUUGGAGUCCAGUUGAUGUGGGAAGAAAAAUAGUAACCGGACAGUGUAGAGUACUGUCUGAAUUUUGGCGUAUUUGUGAAUCAAAAAUAAAGUCACUGAAAACAUUGAAGCAGCAGAUAGCUCUGGUGUGAAGAGGGAGGGAUAAAGCCAACUUUUUUCUUUAAAUUUUUUCUUUUUAAAAUCCUUGGGAUUGUUAGGAGAGGUCCUACUGGAGGAGUAGAGGUUGAAGGAAUCGAGGUUUCGACAUUUGAUUCCUGUUUGCCUGUCUGUUGUUCUUGAAUUAUUAUUAUUUUUUAUUUUCUUUUAAUCAGCAGGUUUUGAUGGUCCUAUGAAUGUUAGUUUGUGAUUGACGUAUAAUAUUAAAUAUAAGUUACCUUUUCCACAGUUUUGCAA